UGGUGAGGAGAUCUUGAAUAAUCUGCUGCUGCUGGUUGUGUGUCUGUUCUGCAGUCUGAUUCAAACAGCUGAAACAGAAAAUACUGCUAUUCCAACAUGUGUGAUGAACUGACGGAGUUGAAUGCCCUGACAGAAAAACUGGAAGCUCUGGAAACCAGGCUUAAGGAUAGUGAAAACCAGAUUGUGGAGCUGAGGAACAAAGAAAGAACAAAGGUGAUAUUCAGUGCUGAGGCUGGGGCAAGAGGAGCAAUUGGACCUUUUAACACAGAGACAACUCUUGUCUACAAAAGGGUGAUUACAAAUAUCGGAAAUGCCUACAGUGAAUUCACAGGUAUAUUCACUGCACCUGUUGCCGGUGUCUAUUACUUCACUAUCUUCCAUCAUGCUGGAGGAGGCCCUGGGACAGAGCUGUUCCUCUACAAAAACAGCCAGCACAUCGUCACGACACAGGAUCAUCCCUCAGUCCAUGAAACGGCUCAUAACGGAGGAAAUGCAGUGUUCCUGCAGCUGUACCAAGGGGACCAAGUGUAUGUGCGCAUGGGUGCAAACUCACAUAUUUAUGGAUCCAACUACCACACAACCUUCAGUGGUUUUUUGGUCAGCCGAAUGUGAGAACAGCUGACUCAGCGGUUAUUUACCACUUUGUUGGGAUAAAGAAUCAAUACUUAUACAUUUACGUGAUGUUUUAUUGUGUAAUGACUAACUGACUGUUAUUGGAUGCGUAACUGUUCAGUCAUUGUGUUAGUUUGUUGCAAUUUGAACAAAUAUGCUGACAUUUGAAAAGAUGACCUGAUACAGCAAACAUGGGCAUGGAACAAGCAGUUAUUAAUAAAUUUAGUUGAGAAAUGUGUUCAUAAGCAUUUAAUGUGUGUCUUUUGUGUAACUCUAAAAUAAAUUAAUGAAUUAAUAAAAUACAUAAC